CCCCCAUAUCCAUUCAUUCAUUAGCAUCAACAACACAUUCAAGAAAAAUCAACGAAAGCUAGGAAACCACCAACUAUGGCAGGAAUCAUCCAAAAGAUCGGAGAUGCUCUCCACGGCGGAGGCCAGCACAAAGAGGAGGACAAGCACAAGGCUGAGCACCACGGCCACGUCGGCGAGCACAAGAGCGGCGAGCAGUACAAGACCGGGCACCAAGGCGCCGAGCACCAUGGUGAGCACAAGGAAGGGGUCAUCGAAAAGAUAAAGGACAAGAUCCAUGGCGACGGCCAUCAGAGCAAGGACGGCGACAAGAAAAAGAAGAAGAAGGAGAAGAAGAAGCACGGGGCUUUCGAGGGAGUGUCUCCUCUUGUGAAGGCGAUAUGA